AUGAUAGAUCACUAUAUGAAGUUGGCAGAAGCAGUGCCAUGUGAAACAGUCUCAGCGGAUGACACUUGUGACCAUUUGAUAACGCAUUGGAUAUCGCGAUAUGAUUGUCCGAUGACGUUUCAAACGGACAACGGGAAAGCCUUCGUGGGUUACCUGUCAAAAGAGUUGAUGAGGACAUCGCACAUUGCUCAACCACACUCAACAUUUUACCAUCCUCAGACUAACGGAUUAGUGGAGAGACAGAACAGAACGCUGGUGAACUUGCUGAGGGUGUAUUGCUCGAGAUACAUGACAGACUGGGAUAGUGCCGCAAGUGGUAGGGGCGUACAAUAG